AUGCUCAAAACUUGCACGAGUGGGCCCCUUUCCACAUGCUGCCAGCUGUCAGAGCAACCGCUGCUGCCGUUUUCGUUCAAGCUAAUCCUCAACCUAGCCUUGCCGCUCCAAUACGUUCACCAACAGCCAGCUAUUGGCCCCGCCAUUGAAGAUGCCAUUGAAGGUGCCAUCGAAGCUGCAAUUGACGCCGAGAUGGGCCCCGCCAUAGACGCGACCAUCGGCCCAGCCAUAGAGGAGGCUGUUGGCGCCGCCAUAAGUGAAAGUAUUGGUCCAGCCAUAAACGCAACAGUGGCCCCCGUUUUAAACGCAGCAAUGGACGCAGCGAUUGUUCCAGCUAUAAACGCGGCAUUCGCGAGCCCCGAAGUGAAAGCGAUUUUCGAAGCCCAGAGCACAAACUUGCAGAACCUGAUAAGAAGCAGAAGCAACCGGGCGGCCCUUUGGGGCGUGGACGAACACCUGGACCCCUUGUUCCGGCUUUCCGCCAGUCCGCCGGACCUGCCUCCGCGGAACCGGUUCCCCGCGACCACCAAGAAGUUCUUCAGCUGGAUGGCUGUCGGAUCUGCACGGGCGGCCAACAACGAGUCCAUCGACUGGCUGCUUGACUUCUACGGGGUGAUGGAUCCGGUCACGAAGGUUCCGUUUCCGCCGAGAAGUGUGCUGGCGGAAGGUAAGCCCGGGGACGAUGAGCUCGAACGGAAGCACGGCCUGCUUCGCCAUCACCUGACGGGGCUCACAUAUUACGACACCGUAGAAGCACAACAGUUGUAG